CCAAGUGGAACGCAUAUUUAAAUAAAUUUUAAGGGCGGUGCUUCCCUCAAUGUAACCGUUUACGCAUUGCGAUCAAUCUGACCUGCGCAAGCUGGAGACUCACCAUGUCGGAUAUAAGCAACGAAGCGUUCCCCGCUUCCAAAGCUAUACCCAGUCAUAUAUCUACACAAUCGACGAAGAGGUGGUGGCAUCUUGGCGGGAAAGAUAUCAGCUAUGUCUCCAUCGAUGCGGGCUACGAUGUAGAGCCAUCGGCGUCCGAGUCGUCCUCUAUAUCCGAGGCCAACAAGGACGCAGCCAAUGUGUUUGUUGCGCCUGAAGCAGUAGAAUUAUACAAACCGGUGAAGGGAUUUGAGGGUGCGCAUAGGUUCGAUCCCUCAGCGCAGUGGUCCCAGGAAGACGAAAAUAAACUGGUCAGAAGAGUACGAUGGUUCAGUUACUUAACAGCAUUCAGAGAACAUACUAACACGCCCUAGCUCGACUGGAAGAUUGCCCUACCUGCUUGCGUCAUGUUCUUCGCCCUGCAACUUGAUCGCGGAAAUAUCUCCCAAGCGCUUUCUGAUAACCUUUUAGCUGACUUGAAACUCAACACGAACGACUACAACAACGGCAUGACUAUUUUCUAUUGUUCGUUUCUCUUCGCUGAACUCCCAUCCCAGCUGAUUAGUAAGAAACUUGGUCCUGAUACUUGGAUCCCUAUUCAGAUGGUUUCGUGGAGCAUCGUUGCUGCCGCCCAAGCCGCCCUCCAAGGCAAAACUAGCUUCUACGUCACUCGUUUCCUUCUUGGACUCAUCGAAGGAGGUUUUAUCCCCGACGUCAUUCUAUACCUCAGCUAUUUCUUUACAAACGCGGAGCUGCCCAAGCGACUAAGCUGGUUUUGGACAUCGUACCAAUCGACACAAAUCGUGGGUGCGUUCCUCGCGUACGGCAUUCUGCAUCUCCGAGGUGGCACCCUUGGAGCAGGUUGGAGAUACAUGUUUUUGAUCGAAGGUGCUCUUACUGGUCUGAUUGGUGUUUUCACUUGGUUUUAUCUGCCUGCUUCGCCGACACAGACAGCGCGAGGAAAAUACAAGGGCUGGUUGCGCCCUAAGGAAGGAUGGUUUACGGAGCAGGAGGAAGUCAUCAUGGUCACUCGAAUCCUACGCGAUGACCCAGGAAAGGCAACCAUGCACAACCGACAAGGUCUGUCCCUCACUGACUUCAAAAAUGCCUUGUUCGAUUAUGAUCUAUGGCCCAUCUAUCUCAUCGGACUUUCAUGGGGUAUUCCAAAUAGUCCACCAGCAGCUUACAUCACUCUCACUUGUAAAGCUCUCGGCUUCUCUACCUUCCAGACCAAUCUUCUCACAAUCCCUGCCUACGCCAUUUUUAUCCUGCAGCUGCUGUUCUGGACUUGGGUUUCGGAGAAGAUUAACCAUCGCGUCCUCAUCAACUUGGCCUCGCAGUUCUGGGCUCUACCGCUACUCGUUGCGCUCGUCACACUCCCUCCCGUCUUCCAUAACAGCAACUGGGCCAAGUGGGUAAUAUCAACGUUGCUAGUCGGUACACCCUAUUUGCACGCAGUUCUUGUUGCCUUGACAUCCCGAAAUGCGGGUUCUGUCCGAACAAGAACCGUUGGAUCGUCACUCUACAACAUGUCCGUACAAAUGUCCAGCAUUUUCUCGUCGCAAAUCUACAGAGACAAUGACAAGCCGUACUACUACACUGGUAACAAGGCCCUACUAGGUGUUUUGGCAUGGAACAUCAUUGUGAUUGUCGGAAUGAAGGUGUACUAUGUCUGGCGCAACAACACUCGUGACAAGGUCUGGAUGUCGAUGUCGAGGGAGGAGCGGGUGCAUUACUUAGAGACUACCAAGGAUGAGGGCAACAAGAGACUUAAUUUUAGAUUUGCAAACUAACACUAGAUAGUAUCUCUUCUAUAGAAGAGUUAGCAUUCGCUUGAAUUCGUGUAGAAAUCGAUAUAGUUACAUUU